CAGCCAACCAACCAAGCAAAAGCAAGCAAGCCAACAACCAAGAAGAUGUUGGCACGUGUGCACGAACAUGUGCGGGCUCUUGAAUCGAGCAGCAGCACCAGCCACUGGCCGCUGAUCACCAAGACGCUGCGAACCGCUGUGCUGGAGGGCGGGGACACGCCCAGCCGAAAGCACAUUGAAGCUGUGGCACAGAGCUGGUACGUGGACCUGCACAACGUCAUCAAGGGAGGCAAAGGCGAUGUGCGACAGCAGCGCUUGCAGGCUGCGGCCAACACCAGCGACAAUGCGUUUGCCCACAUUGUCUCUGCGCUCGUCGGCCUGCACAUGAUCGUUUCCGGCAUGUCACGGCGUCACCUAAGCAAGGCGAUGAGCAGCUUGCAUGAGCACUACCCUGACCAAACACGUGUUGGGUAUGAAGAACACCUCGAACACCUCCUGCGGACGUGCACUGAUGACAAUGCUGUGAGUGUUGUCGCAGACAUUGCGGCUCUUGCUGACGUCGCGGCCCUCAGCUGUGUCCGAACAGCCCUGGAGCAACUCAUUGUCCCUUGGAUCAAGGCCUUGUCAGCGGCGCUUCGAGUGGUGCGAGACACGCCGCAGGAUCAGCUCAACGAGGCCAGCGCGCAUACCUGUGUCAAGGCGUAUGUGCUGACGCUGCAGCAGUUGGACGCACCACUGCUCGCGCUCCUUGAUGAAGAAGAAACAGGCGCGCACAAGCACGAGUUUGAAGCCAUCCCAUCACUCCUUGCAGACAUUGUUGUUUCCACAACCGUACGCGAGGUUGCCCUGAUGUCGGCAAUGGGGCUCGGAUACACAGUGGCCCUCUUCUCCCGAAACGAAUCACCAUCCGCCCGCGCCACCAACGCCCUGGCUGCCCUCGCACUCGGAACACCAGCGGCGCGCGUGCACGCGAGCGGGCUGGCCACUGCAGCCGAGGCCUUGAAGACCAUCCAUGCAAACAUCAUCGGCCCCUUUGCCUCUACUGGAGACGUGGAUUGGAGCGUCACCAUGAAGCAACUGUCCAACCAACAGCUCCAGGUCUCUGUUGCCGUCACUCACGCCCUCCUCUCCACCCUCUCCAUCACCGACUUGUGCGCCCCAAUCGACCUCUCCCCCAUCACAGGGCAAGCAUGUGAGGGUGUGUUGCUGCUUGAUGUUCUGUUGCCGUUUGUGUCGACACUGUCACACUCGCACGUGAGUGAGAGCCUGCGGCACUCCGUGUACAACGUGUUUCGGGCAUGGUCCACAACCCUGGCAACAGCAGCAGAGCAGUUUCCACACGUUAUCUUCUCCCAAGGGGCACUCCGUGCACACACGGGUGCGCCCUCGCUCGUGCACUUCCUCGAGGCGACGCUGUUCCGUGACUGGGAAGAUCCCAUCGAAGCUGUGCGCGAUGGCGCUGCGCAUGUGUUUCGGCAAUUGCUGAAUGUGGACCGCAUUUCCUCCACACGAGACGAUGUGUCGCCGCUCAACCUCGCCAGCAGUUUUACAACACGCCUCAUCGCCUUUGAUUGGCGCGUCAAAGGCCGGUACGCGCUGCUGGCGAUGGUGGUUCCGCACAUGGGCUGGGACAAGCUGCUUGCGAUUGCGCCGCGGCUGAAACACGAGCUGCUCCUCUGCUGCGGAAUCAACACGCUCAUCAAGCCCGCACUCACCGUCUACGUCGCCUGCCUCAAGGACCUUCGCCAGCGCGAAGUGGACCGUGCAGAGAGCGGUGGCAGCAAGAGUGACACGCCGAAGCAAACAAAGAAGAAGAAAAAGAAGAGCAAGAAAGACAAGGGGGGCGUCGACCACAGCAUACUUGAAGACCGCAUUGCAUCCCGAUGGCACGCUGCCUGGUCGGAUCUCUUGCUUGACGUGCUGGCGAGUGACGCGCCUGGCACAAGCGAUGCCCUCAGUGCAACGUGGCUGGUCAAGACAACCAAGGUCGUGCCCCGUGCCGUGCACAUCCUCAUUGCCGGUGUCUCCGCUGCACUUGACAGCGCAACAGGCGACGGCGCCGCGCGCUUGCAGCUCCUGCGCAGGUACGCACUGCUGCUCUCCAAUGCCAAGAAAUCCGGUUUCAUCACCUCACACGACCUCGAGGCCUUGCGCGACAACAAAGGCCGCAACGACAACGAGGCCAGUGCCGACAAGACUUGUCCCACGACUGAAACAAGAGCUGCCCCGAAAGGCACGCCAUCGCACACGACAGCAGCCAACAGCAGCGUCAGCGCAACUGCUCUCCACCUGUCGCUGUCGCACAUCCGCGAGGCGCUCACGUGCAGCAUGCCCACUGUGCGGCUGGACACGCUGCGGUUCGUCUGUGUGAAUGUGCAGACAUCUGGCGAGCCGGCGGAGGCGGAGCUGUCUCUCUUCCGCGCGUUUCUCCCACACAACCUGGCCAAUACCACGAGCGCACUACGCCAGCGCCUGUUUGCGGACGUGUCUGCCAUGCUGCAGCGGCUCAGGGAUUCGUGGGUGGCAGCCAACACCGUAAGCACCAAACUCGACGAAAAAGUGCAGAAGCAGCUGGAAAGCAGCAAGACUCCGCAGCCAACCCCGAAGGAUGACGACGACGACGAUGAUGAGGAGGAUGGUGAUGGCCGCGUGGGUCGCAGCGGUGACGAUGAUGGUGAUGGCAUGGGUGGGCUUGAGCCAGCGGUGAUGCGUGCGCUCGAUGAAGCGUUUGCGACAAUUGUUCGGCGUGAGGACAAGCUUGUCAGCACGUGCUUGUGGAUGAUCGAUCUGUGCGACGCAAACCUGUUUCCUGGCUCAUGCUAUCAGCGCCGCUGCUCUGCUCUGCAGCUUCUCACGUGUCUUGUGGAUGUGGUCGGUGGCAUCGAUUGGAGCGUGUGCCCGCCGCCCAUUGUGACCGCGCUUGAGAACCUCCUCCCUUCUCUCGUUCACGGUCUUCAGGAUAACUUUGACGACACGCGCAACGCCACGUGCAACCUCCUUGUGCAGAUUCACGGCCUCGCGUCCGCCUCUGAGCAACCCGAAGCAGCAGGAGCAGCAGCGCCUGUUGUCAAGCGCCUGUGGAGCCGAUUCAUGGGGAUGAUCGACAAUGCCAAGGCCAUGAUUGCAGAGACGGCGGCCGCGUACGCACGCGCUUUUGUGCUCGUCGCCUUCAGCAACACCACGCAACUACAGCAGCAAAAACAGCGCCCAGCGGAAGAGGAGGCAGCCGUGAACGCUGGCAGCGAUGAAGGCGUACCUGAGCCACCUGCGUCGCCAAAGGCAUUUGUGCAGUUCUUGUUGGCAAGAGCUGAGCAGCAGUUGCAGUUUGCUCGCACGCACACGCUGCAGGCUGCCAAGACCAAGCCCAUGCACGGCACCCUGCAGGCCUUGCACCUUGUCCUCGACGCCGUGGCACCACACAUGACUGUAGAAUGGGAGGGCCUGUUGAGUCGUGUGGUUGAUGUGAGCACGCAGGCGGCGGAGUUCUGCUUGUCUCUGCUAACCACAGGUGUCAGCGAUGACACGCGUGCGAUGCCGUCGUUUCAGGACAUGGGCACGUCCCUGACGCAGAUUGUGAGGGACCAGGGUGGUGAUGUGCAACGCGACUUCCCCUUUAUGCUGUCGUUCAUGUGGCUCAACAUCCGCACAGCCUGUCGCUCGCUGGCUUCUGUCGCCGUCAUCGCUGCACGCGCGCCACCCAAGGCAGCCGGAAGUGCAGUGGACGCAGCCGCCAUCACCGCCAUCAAGGAGAAAAUGUGCCUCGUGCUGAAACGCUGCCGCCACCGCGGUGUGAUUGAGUCAACGGCGCUGUCCCUGACAACGGUUGCACAGCACCUGAUGCAGUCUAAACGCGCCGACCUGCGGCCUCUGCCACAACAGUGGCUGGCAGCCGAGAUUGCUUUGCUUGAGACGGACAGCGAGCUGGAGACAUUGUCCGUAACGCGCCGGAGUGCUGGGUUGCCGCACGUUGUGCACUCGCUUGCGCUUGCCAGGAAAAAAGGGUCGCGGAUGCUCCAUCCGCAUUUGGAAAAGUUGAUUGCUCUCGCGGGCGUGCAGCCAUCAUCUGAUACACACGCCUCUUCCGCAGAAACACAGGACAUGCGGCAGGUGCACUGCUUCAAUGUGCUCAAGGUCCUGUUUGCGGAGAGCUUGCUAAACUCGGACACACAGCAGUACGUGUCUCCUGCGAUGGUGUUGGCCAUUCGUGGGUUCUCGUCUCCCGUGUGGUCGAUUCGCAACGCAUCGCUGCAGCUGUUUGGCAUCUUGCUGCCACGCGUGCUUGGCGGCGUGCGGCUUGAGACAGAGAACCGUGCCAUCAGCAUCACGACGCAGGAUUUCAUUGCACGGUAUGGUGACGUCUGGGUGUUGCUGUUGCAGGAGCUGACAACGAGUACAGAACAAAGCGCAGCCAACAUCCAAACACACUUGUUUGCCGUGAUGACGCUGCUAUCGAAACUGCGCACCGUCUCCGAAGCGCUCACCGCAACGGCUGCACAACAGCUGCAGGCGCUGUUGGCUGCGCUCAUGAAGCUGACAGCCUCGCCCAUCCUCGCAGUGCGCUGCUCUGCUGCCCGCGCCCUCGCAGGCCUGCUGCCCCCAGAGGACAAGCACCGAACAAGCGUGAAAUGGGCGCGCGACGUGUUUUCCUUCUCGCACAACUGCGAUGCGCCAAGUACGAGCCGAAACCACAACCGUCGUCACGGCCUUGCGCUCUCGCUCGCGGAGCUGUUGCGAGAUGAACUCGCCAGCACGAGUGAGCUCAUCGACCAUGUUGCCGUUGUUGCCGCCAUCGAAACACAGCAAGUUGACUGGCAGCAGUUUGUGCAGGCGACGUCACCCUUUGCGUUGGCAACACACCUUGACGUGCUCGGCGUGCUGUGGCAACUGUGCUGCGAGCGUGCCACAGCGUCCCCGCCAGCAGCAGACACGCCAGCAGCGGAAGCUGAGGCCGCCGUGAGGAGACAUCUGCAGAAUUUGGCAACAGCCACGCUCGUGUUAACGUCGCGUGUGCGCAGCGUGUGCGGCGCAGACAAGGCCCUCUUCACUGCCGGCACGUGGCUGGCGCUCUUGCUUGCACACGCGAGCAGCCAAGACAAUGGCGAUGCUGACAACAACAGCAGCAACAACAACAGCGCAGCGGCGCUGGCGCAUGCCCUGCCGGCUUUGGAGAGCUACGAUGCCCAUUUGGCGCUGUUGCGUUCCGUUUGCCGGCGACGUACGCACGCUUCGAGCGGCGCAGCACAUGCGGAAACAGUGGGUGAGGACAGCAGCAAUGCCGCAGGUGAUGAUGGCGCCGAUGGUGAUGUGGGCGGCGAUACACAACAGGAUGUACAUGCGGGCAAUGAUGGCGUGUGGAUGGCGCUGGUGUGCAGGGGCCUGUCGUGCGUGGUUUCCUCACCCGCGUUCUCGCACCACGAGAAGCAGCAGCUUCUUCUGGAGUACGCCCCGCUGCUGGAACGGCUGCUGCAAGCAAAGGCAAACGAAGAGGCACUUGCUGACUUGGUGUGCACAGUGACAGUUGCGCAGGCACACAUUCGCGACGAGUGUGCACGAAACGCUUCGCUGCAAGAAGCGUGGCUGGUUGUGUCUGGCCUGACACUGGCAACCGCGCCGGGCAGCGUGGACGUGGGCGCGUGGUUGGCGGCCGUGUUGGGGGUGUCAACUGCAGCGGCGCCUGCAACGGCACAGCUGGCUGCGUUGCGAUCACUGCAUCACGCUCGGUUUGCUCUCGCGUCGUUGCAUCCGCAGGAGCAAGCGCAGGCCCUGCAGGCAGUCGCAUUCCACCUCCUUGCUGAAGAUGAGCGGCAUCGCGAGAUGGCAUCGGCCGCCGCAACGCCACUCCUCCUUGCAUCACGCGCAGCGACUUUGUCAUCCACGAGGAUGACGGUGGCCACACCUGCAAAUGAGCACGCGGCCCUGCACGCUUGUUUCAAGGCCAUGGUGGGCAUUUGCCUGGCCAAUCCAGAAACGUGCGGACGCUCGUUUGUCAACUACCUGUGGAGUAUCCUUUUCACUCCAUCCACGCCCAAAGCUGAGGGUGCAGCCACGACAACUGUGCUGUUCGCCGCGGAGGAUCUGAACCCAUACGCCGAACAAGUACACAUGGUGCAGCUUGCCAUGCAGUCACUCCUGGCGCUGUGCCACCCAGGCAUCAACAACAGCAACCUUGAACGGCUGGCUUCGUUCUCAACAAACUGGAAGGACGCCGCCGUCAACGGGCAGCUUGCACGCAUUUUGCAGGAGGUGAUCGUCGACAACACACCGGCUGUGGCGGCGCACCUGAAACUCCUCCUCCUCAACACCCCGCCAGGCGCACAGGAUGAUAACCUGGAUGGCAAGGCGGUGGUGGCGCUGUAUCGCGCAUUCUCCGCGUUUGCCGCAUGUGUGUAUGUGAGCCACGUCCUUGCACCAGCGCUGGACGAGCCGCUUGACUGGAUGGAUCCAACCAUCCUCGACAUGUUCCCUGGUCUCCUGGACGUGUGCCUGGCGUGGCAGGGGCGGUCGGACCUGCACCACAUCCGCAUGCUGCGCAGCGCUGCGUUUGUCCUCAACAGGGCCGUGUUUGCCCGCCACCGGCCCAAUCCCACUGCAGAGACACGGGGCGCGACGCUGCUGCUCACCCUGGGCGUCCUGGCCAUGGUCACAGCACACAGUACAGCAACAGAUGUCGCCAGCAGUCUGGAUGACUUUGUGCUCCCACCACCCGGAGAAUCCGUCAUGCUCAACACGGGUGGGGCAAGCGCUCUUGCGGAUUCUGACCAACAGGGGCAGCUGUCAGCAGAGGGUGCUGCUGGUGAGAUGGUGGACAUUGGUGGAAGUGGUGAAGAUGAAAAAGCCGAAUUGGAUGUGUUCAGCGUCACCAGCGCUUGCGAUGACAUGCAAUUGGCACUCUUGCCCUUGACUUUGUGAUCUUGCUGUGUGGCUUUUUGAUGUCCAAUUUUGGUGUUGUACGCAUGUUCACUUGUGCUUUGUUGGAGAUCGGUUCUUUCUUUCGCGUGCGUGGAACAUAAAACGCUCGCUGUUGCAUUGAAGCACAACUGAAAAACGCAGCCAUGUCACCAUGAGUGGACAGAGAAGGGAACGUGCAAUGGCAUCGCAACAUGCCGCACACAACGCCAAGUCACACAAUGCGGGUGCACUGAGUAACAUGGCGCUUCCCGAGCCUCGCACAUUGCUUCCUGGCGACGUACGGCCAGGCACCGGUCGUCGUCACGCCGGGUGGCGACACCCUCCACAUGCGCGAUGGCAUCGCGCAGGGCGGUCCGCUCUCACCGGCGUAUUUUGCCCUUGCCACGAUCCACGCGCUGAAGGAAACCGACAAGGCCCACCCCACGGUCACCGUCGUCGCGUACCUUGAUGACACCUACAUCGUUGGCCCGCGCGAUGACGUCAAGGCGGCCGCGGAGCGGCUCGACACGGAGAUCCGCCGGACGGGGCUGAAGAUCAAUGAAGACAAGACGGUCGUCAUCCCCUACGGCGACCAGACCGCGAAAGUGCUGGGCGUCCCCCUCUUCGGGCCAUACGAGGCAUCCCACCUCGACGAGACACGGAGGGCUCUCGACCUGGCGAGCGCCCACUUGCCGGCGCAACUGGUCUUCCAGUUCCUUCGGUACUGCAUCACGACCAAGUCCGGCUACUUCAUGCGCACGACCCGUCGGUCGAAGGAGUACUGCGAAGCGCUCGACGACAUUAUCGCGGAGCAGCUUCGGCGCAUGAUGGGCGCCUUCAAGCCCCUGUCAUCGCGGGCCCUGACGCGGGCACGACGACCCAUCAAACAAGGAGGCCUUGGGCUACGGAGGCAGACAAGCGUCGCCCCCGCCGCCUUCCUCGGCUCCGUCUGCAGCUUCAGCAAGAGCCCUCACCACCCUUUCCAAGCAUACACCACGCCGGGCGCCGAAUUGGAGGCGGAGAUAGCGCAAGCCAUCGCGGAUCUGCACCUCGGCGACGACGGCCCCCGUGACACGAGGGACGUUCUAAACCACGACGCUCGCAGCUUGCAGCAGUUCCUGACCCAGAUCAUGGACAGGAAGACGGGCUGGGACGAGAACCCACGCAACCGAGCCAUUCAACGAGGAGCCAGCCUGCACGGCGGCUACGAGUGGCUCCUAGCCUUGCCCAGCUGCAAGGACCUGCGGAUGUCGGACAAGGUGUUUCGGUUUGCUCUUAGCCAGCGGAUUCGGACACCUUGCUCCGAGUCGCGUGCAUCAGGCAGCUGCUACUGCUGCGGGCGCGAGAUGAAGCUGGACCACGCCGAAGUCUGCGACUCCACGAAGACGGGCCGGCACGACUACAUGCAGAACGCCAUCGCCCGGGCCUUCAUGCAGCUCAACCGCCGCGCGACACAAGAGCCCUCCGGCUUCCCAGGCGCAGGCGGCAAGCGCGGUGACAUCCUCAGCUUCGACAAGUCUGGCGAUUACACCGUGUUUGACCUCGUGUUUGCCGCCCCCGCGGCCAGCUCAUACCAACCACAGGCCGCCAAAGUCAACCUCUACGCGGCGUCGCAGGCGGAACAACGCAAGAUCAAGAAGUACCAGGCCAUCCUACGCGACCAGGGCGACUUCAAAUUUGUGCCGAUUGCGAUCGAGGCCGGCUCGGGCGCCUGGGGCUCGAAGUUCCGGAAGUUCUUCAGCAGCGACCUUAUGUCCACGACGGACCCACAAACACCACCACACGUGCGCACUUUUACCUCCAUGCACAGCAGCACGUACUGGCGGCAAGUGUUGUCCAUCGCGAGAUGCAAGGCUGAGUGCUACGCGAACCUCCGGUGCAUCGGCCAGAUGCCUCACGACAAGCGGGGCAAAAACCAGCCGGGCUCGGUCCGGGCGGGAGACACACACACUCCCCGCCAGAGCACCCAGACGGUACAACGAGCGCGCGCUCAAGCCCAGCGCAACCACCAACAGGGCAAGCGCACCCGCAAGCGCAAGCGUCCGCAGACCACACCCCCCGGCCACAGCGGCCAGCGCAGCAAUGACAGCAACAACGGCACUGCUGCCACCGCCGCUGCCACCGCCACCACCGACAACGAUGAGGGACAGCCACGCAGCGCCCCAGUGACCUCACGAAGCCCCGGUGGCCCGGCCGCAACAGAGCCCCCUGCAACUGUCUAAGCGACAGUCGCAGCACUACACAUGAGCCUCGCACCGAGGCACUUGGUUUCUAUCUAUCUAUUGAUUCACUUUUCUUUCUGUCUAUGAGGCGCGUGCUCUCACACACAUUCACCCAUGCGCACCGUUGCCCUUUGUUUUGCCGCAAUUGCCUUCCCCAUCUUUGAGCGCCUGGAGCAGUGUAAGAUUUCAGCGAGUUUUCCCCAAUAAACACUGGAUAACAGAG